AUGAUACAUACUGGUGAAAAACCUUAUAAAUGCGUUGUCUGUGAAAAAACAUUCAGUCAACAAUCUGCUCUCAAGGACACAUGCACCAUUCCGUCUACAAAAAGUAUUAAAAAACAUGAAAGGAUACAUACUGGUGAAAAACCUUAUAAAUGCGUUGUCUGUGAAAAAACAUUCUCUCAACUAUCUAAUCUCAAGAGACAUGAACGUAUUCAUACCGGUGAAAAACCCUAUAAAUGCAAUGUCUGUGAAAAAACCUUCACUCAACAAUCUGAUCUCAAAAAACAUGCACGUAUUCAUACCGGCGAAAAACCGUUUAAAUGCGAUGUCUGUGAAAAAACGUUUGGUAGACAACAACACCUAAAAAUUCAUAAAAGGAUACAUAUCGGUUAGAAACCCUUUAAAUGCAAUGUCUGUGAAAAAACUUUCU